CUUUAACACUCUGACGCUGGUCUCUCAAUCUCCCGUUGGAGAGCCGCGAGCCUCCCCAUGAUGGUAUCAAACUUCUAUUCCAUGGAGGUGCGACCUCGACCAGAACUGUUUGACUUCCAUGGAGUUGGCAUGAUCACAGACUUUACAGAAAACUGGGACAACAUACAGAACUUCAAAGCAAGACCAGAUGAUAUUCUUAUUGCUACUUACCCUAAAGCAGGAACCACAUGGGUCUCCUACAUCCUAGAUCUUCUGUAUUUUGCGCACAUGGGUCAAGACCGUCAGACUUCCAUCCCUCUUCAUGACAGAGUACCCUUCCUGGAGAUAUGCGAACCCCCUAUGCCCAAAGGUACAGACUUGGCAGACAAACUUCCCACCACUCCUCGUCUCAUUAAAACUCAUCUACCAGUCCAGUUUGUACCAAAGUCCUUCUGGGAGCAGCGCUGCAGGGUAGUCUACGUGGCCCGCAAUGCAAAGGACAAUGCAGUGUCCUACUUCCAUUUUGAACGCAUGGACAGUGGUAUGCCAGAACCGGGGAAAUGGAGCACCUUCCGGCAGAACUUCAUGGAGGGGAAGAUGGUUUUUGGAUCGUGGUAUGACCAUGUGAACGGCUGGUGGGAGAAGAAGCAGACUUAUUCAAAUUUUCACUACAUGUUCUAUGAAGAUUUGAUUGAGGACUGUGGACGAGAAAUAGACCGACUGUGUUCCUUCCUUAGUUUGUCUCCAUCGCCUGAAGAGAAGGAAAGAGUCAAAGCCAGCGUGACUUUUGAC